AAACGUGGGCUUGGUGCCGGAGCUGGGAAAUCUCUCGAUGACAGCUUGCAGACGACCCGACUGUACAGGUGUUGACCAACGCCAUCACAUCAACGCUUGAGAGAUGUAUUAACGCUUGUUGCCAUGGCUGCCUUCAUUUGCUGUCGAGCAGCAGCUUCGUCAAGGCGGAUCCGGAGGAGAACUCUGGGAGAUGGCGGCGUGGGCCAACAGUUUUUGCCCCGAUACCUGGAAUUAUCGAACCGGACUGCAGAGCCAUCUUUACGUUUUGCAACAAGAACUUCACACGGAAAUGACGCAGUUUGACCUUGACCUAACCACCUACAUCCAAAGUACCUUCUGUUUCGUUGAUGAGCAAACGCCAGAGAGUGUUGCCCUGGACCUCCACUACGUCUGGGAAGGUCUGACCUGCCUGAAUAGCACACUUCAAAUCCUUUCAUCCAAGAGAGUUCGCGGAACUCGUUUGGUCGCCCGCCGCAUCCUGAACCGCAACAAGGGCCGCCUGAACGAUGCCAUCGAAGACGUCAGGACGCUGGCCCUCAAAGCUCAACGGUCAACUUACCUGCCCCAUCCUCAGCUCACCGACGACUGCUCGCUCUGGAGGAAUUCCUCGGAUUACUUUCUGCUCCUGUCAUACAGCUUCGUGAGCAGAUCGUUGACCCUAUCUCAAGACCUGAUGAAUCGUUGUUCCUGAGAAU